GCCGCCGUGGCCGCGAUGCGCUGCGGGUUUGCGAGGGCGCUUGUGCCGUACUACCCGGUGGCCGGUCGCAUCACCCCGUCCGGCCUAGCGGUGGACUGCACUGGUGAGGGCGUCUGGUUCGUGGAGGCCGCCGCGAGCUGCGCGCUCGCCGACGUGGACGGCCUUGAGUCCUUCCCUCUGCCCAUCCCCGGGGAGCUCCUCCUCCCGCGCCCUCCCCCAGGCGAGAAGCUCGACGGCCUCAUUCUCAUGGCUCAGGCGACGAGGUUCACCUGCGGUGGGUUCGCCGUUGGGAUCACCUUCAGCCACACCGUGUUUGACGGGUACGGCGCGGCGCGGUUCCUGACGGCUGUGGGGGAGCUAGCGCGGGGGCUCCCAGCGCCGUCGGUGGCUCCGGUGUGGGACCGCCACUUGAUCCCUGACCCGCCCAGCCCGCCGCCCCCGUUUUUCGCGGUCGUCACGGAGUUCAGCCGGCUCGUGACCCAGGUGGCGGACAUCUCGGCGGAGAGCAUCCAGCGCGUCAAGAAAGAGUUCAAGCAGGCUGCGGGGGAGGGCUGCUCCACCUUCGACGCGGUGGCAGCCGUCGUGUUUAAGUGCCGCGCGCUGGCACUGGCGGGGGCGCUCCCGGACGUCGCCGAUGUCCGGGUCAGCUUCCCUGCCGGCACGCGACACCUCCUCCGCGACGUGCUGCCGGAAGUGGACGGGUACUACGGCAACUGCGUGUACCUGGGGUGCGUCGGUAGGACCAGCAGAGCCGCCCGGGAGUCGGCAAUGGCGGAGUUGGUCGGCGCAGUACGGGAGGCGAAGGAGGCCGUCGCUGCGGGGUUCGCGGACUGGAGACGCGGCGUCUAUCGCUACGACGUGCCGCUGGACUACAGCACGGCCAUUCUGUCGGACGCGAGCCGCCUCGGGUUCGACGAGGUGGACUACGGCUUCGGCAUGCCCGGCUUCUAUACGUACCCGCACGACGACAAGGCCAACUUCGCCGCGACGCUCCUAGUCGUCAGGCCGCCGGCGCCCAGGCGCGGGGGCGUCCGGGUGCUGAUCCGCUGCGUCGAGGAGCCGCACGCCGCCAUCUUCGCUGCCGAGCUCGCCAAGUUUGCCUAGAGGCAAUGCAUAUGCAUGCAUCGUUCGUGGGCAUCUCCAUGUUCAUGUGAGAUCAGUUUCGAAAAGAAAUGUUCAUUUGAGAUGAGAGUCUGAGAGGAGACGUCACAAAUUGGAAGUUGUCUGAAUGAGUGA